CAAAUGUUUGUCGCUGUAGUGCGAGUCGGAUGGCAUUUCUGUCGAACCAGCGGUGCGUUCGAAACCAGACAAAGUUUAUUCAGCUAUCUUGUGUUUCAGAGUCGCUCUAUUUGAGCAAAAUUGUACAUGUGUGUUGUGGAACCAGGGUUUCCUCUAAGAUAAAGUUAACUUGACUAUUCGGCGACCUGGACAGCAUGGCUGCUUUAAUAACCUGUGUGUGACUACGUUUGCUGAGCAGAAACUGUUCGUAAAGUUGUCUGAAAGCUGAAAUUAGCCCUUUUUAAAAAUAUAUAUUUAUAUAACGGAGCCGUCUUUCUUCGUCGUGGACAACAAUGAGCAGCAUCAAGGAGGAAACUAGAAGUGCGUCCCCUCAGUGCCCCAAACCAGAUGAGUCUGAGGAGCCCCACGGUACGGCCAUGGAGACCGCUGGGGGUCAGGCAGACGGGAGCGUGAAGUCGGAGAACGUUCCCGAGGUGGUCAUUACCAAGGAAAUGGAGGAGGAAGAGAACCAGCUGAUGGAGGAAGGGGAGCGAAAAGAGAAGGAGAUGAUGAAAAAGGCACAGGAAUCGUUUGAGAGGGACUCGCAGAAUGUGCGCUUCAAGAGACUCCAGCAUCUGCUCCAGAAGAGCAACAUCUACUCUAAAUUCCUGCUGACAAAGAUGGAGCUGCAGCAGAAUGAGGAGAAACUCAAGAAGGAGAGGCUGGAGAAAAAGGCCAUGAAGGCUGGGAGUGGUGCAGAGACCCGGACAGAUGCGAAGAAGAAGAAGAGGAGGAGGGAUGAAGACUUUAAAAUAGCUGAUGUUAUGACAAAAGAAGAAAUCAUGUCUCAAGCGAAGAGAUCAAAAGUGGAGAAAGGGGAGAAUGACGCUCCGGCUCAGAAGAAACUCGAUGCCGAGGAUAUUGAAAAAAUGAGCGAUUCCAACGAGGAAAUCAAAAGCCGGCUGUCGGAGACGGUUCGAGAGAACGCCAAGCAUCUCCUGGACCCCGACAGAAAGGUGAACGGGCAGCCGGUCCCCGUCCAGCAGCCCCAGCUGUUCACAGGCGGAGUGAUGAGGUGGUACCAGAUCGAAGGCGUGGAGUGGCUGAGGAUGCUGUGGGAGAACGGCAUCAAUGGCAUCCUGGCUGACGAGAUGGGGCUGGGAAAGACCAUCCAGUGCAUUGCCCACAUCGCUAUGAUGGUAGAGAAGAAGGUGAUGGGCCCCUUCCUGGUGGUGGCUCCUCUCUCCACAGUACCAAACUGGAUCAGCGAGUUUAAGCGCUUUGCACCAGAGAUAUCAGUGAUGCUUUAUCACGGCACUCCGCCAGAGAGGUCCAAGCUGCUGAAGCAGGUCCGCAGGUCUCAGGGGCCGCUCAACAUGUUUCCUGUUGUCAUCACUUCCUUCGAGAUCUCCAUGAUUGACAGAAAGUUUCUGCAGCAUCUCCAGUGGAAGUACCUGAUAGUGGACGAGGGCCACAGGAUCAAGAACCUGAACUGUCGGCUGGUGCGCGAGCUGAAGAUGCUGCCCACCGACAACAAGCUGCUGCUGACGGGCACACCGCUGCAGAACAACCUGGCUGAGCUCUGGUCCCUCCUCAACUUCCUCCUCCCAGAGGUCUUUGAUGACCUGAAGAGCUUUGAGUCCUGGUUUGACAUCAACUCCCUUGGUGAGGGUGAUGACGUGGUAGUGGCAGAACGGGAGCAGAACAUCCUGAGCAUGCUGCACCAGAUUCUGACCCCAUUCCUCCUGAGGAGGCUGAAGACAGAUGUGACUCUUGAGGUUCCUCCCAAGAAGGAGAUCAUAGUGUACGCCCCUCUGACCACAAAGCAGGAGACCCUUUACAGUGCUGUCGUCAACAAGACCAUAGAGAAGGUUCUGGGAAAGGAGAAGAAAGAGGCUCCUGUGCCGGUGACACCAGAUGGCAGACCAAAACGUCGCACUCGUAGAUCGGUGGACUACAGUGAAACGGAGAGCGACACACAGGCGGCUCUGAUGAAGUACCUGGAGAGAGUCCGUAAGGAGGCCGAGAACAGCCCCUCGCCACCGGUGCUGGACAUUUCCACCCCGCCGGAAGCUGACAUCACGUUGAAGUUGCAGAACGUGCUGAUGGUGCUGAAGAGAUGCUGCAACCACCCGUACCUGGUGGAGUACCCCCUGGACCCGGUCACACAGCAGUUUAAGAUUGAUGAGCAGCUGGUUCAGACCUCAGGAAAGUUUCUCAUACUGGACAGGCUGCUGCCCGCUCUGAAGAACAGAGGACACAAGGUUUUGAUCUUCAGCCAGAUGACGUCCAUCUUGGAUAUUCUGAUGGACUAUUGUUACCUCCGAGAUUUCCGAUACAGCCGGUUAGAUGGCAGCAUGCCGUACACCGAAAGAGACGAGAACAUCCAAAGGUUUUUCACUGACCCAGAGGUGUUCAUCUUCCUGCUGAGUACCAGGGCAGGAGGACUUGGAAUCAACUUGACAGCAGCUGACACAGUUAUCAUCUUUGACAGCGAUUGGAACCCUCAGGCGGACCUGCAGGCUCAGGACCGCUGCCACCGCAUCGGACAAACCAAACCCGUGGUGGUGUACCGGCUAGUGACGGCCAACACCAUCGACCAGAAGAUUCUGGAGCGGGCGUCGGCCAAGAGGAAGCUGGAACAGAUGGUCAUCCACAAGAAAAAGUUCAAAGGCGGGAAGGCGGAGCUGAAUCAAAGUAAGAGCUGCAUCGAUCUGGACGAGCUGCGGGACCUGCUGCAGGCCAGAGGCCCUGAGAAGGAGGUGAAAUCCUCACGAGGAAAGGUGAUCAGCGACAAGGAUCUGGAGAUCUUACUGGAUCGCAGCGACUUGCUGGAAAACAGGAGGAGCAUGAAGGAGAAAGUGGGAGUCUUCAGAGUGAUCGACGCCAAAGAGUCAUCAGAGAUCACGCUGACCUGAGAGCCGUUCGAUGUCCGGAGCGUUGCCACCUUGAGGAAGACCACCACGACAUUCUCAGAUGAUCUGGGAGCUGCUGUUAUGUUCUGUUGAGUUGCUGUAAGAAUGCAUGUUUGUCAGUAAAAUGUUAUAAAGAGAUUGUGAUAUUAAAAAUGUAAGAAGACAUUUAAAGGAA